CAUUUCCAUUUUUCAGUUUUCAUUUAAUUCCCUUUUUUAAUUUUUAUAUUAAUUGAUGGCUUUUCCCAACACAAGUGCCCAGCAAGCUGAAACGAACCGCAAAAUUCUUGAGGAGAUUCAGACAAAGAAACAACUCUUGGCUGGCGGCAUAAUCAAUUUGGGUCUGAGCAACACAAAUCAAAUGCCUGCUCCCCAGUUGCUUGGCCAACCCACUACUACCACUGCAACUCCAGAUCUGGUGUCCACAAAUUCCACGCCGCCACGCGCUGCCUUUAAUCCGACGAGCUCCACCACAUUGGGCUUUUUCAUACCGCAGGAUUCGUAUUUUGGCAAUAGUUUAAUACCCGUUCUACCGCGUCUUGAGCUUCCCGCCACACCAUCGACAACGACUCCACCCAUAACCCCGAUAGCGAACGCUAAUAAUCCGAAAUAA